GACCCGCCAUGUCACAGCGCACGCGCGGGCUUAUACCGUCCGAGUCUCUUCCCCAAGUGCCAGGCCCUAAGCUUGUGCCCUUCACUCCAACCGCGCGCGCCGCCAUCCAGUUCAUCAAGGAGCUCGGUGAUCCAAGCAGCGAUAAAGAUGGACGUGUCUGGGAGGUUCGGAUCAACCGGUCUGGACCACAUUAUGCCUUGAAAAUGUUCUACUUCACAACGGCCGCAUUUAUUAUCGACCAGACUGCUGCUGGCGAACUCGAGUACGAACUUGCAUCCCCCCAGCUCUACGUCGACUACUUCGAUGCCUUCAGCUGCGAGUGCCGUGCCUACGGUCGGCUAAAGGAAGAAGGCCGCGAAGAUCUGGCGGUUCCGGCCCACGGCUACCUUUUUCUUACCCCAAAACAGGAAGCCAGGAUUACGACGAAGAUUGUUGGGUGUAUCACCGAGUCCGAGCUGGAUGGCGAUCUUUGGCGCCGAAGUGAAGAGACACGCCAUCUCCCGAUCCGGGCCAUUGUCAAAGAGCUCGCGACAGACUUUGUCCCCUUCCGCCCCUCGGACGUUACCGGCAUGUGGGGGGGCCUGCAAGAUUUCCACAGGCUGGGAAUCCUCGUCCGCGAUGUCACCGUCUUCAACUACAUGGGUGGAAAACUCGUCGACUUAAGCCGGGCCUGGACCUGGCCGCAUCCAGCGCUUACUUAUUACGACGAUGCCGCUGUGGAGGACGAGAGAUGGCUUGACUCGCACUACCUCCGCAAGAUAAUCAUCGAGUUCUGUUGGGGGGAGCGGUGGGAUUGGGACCUUGAUGAGAUCCCCGAAGAGCUGACGGAUUGCGCUUUGAAGCGGAGUAACGUUGAUACGUACGUCGCCGACCCGAGGCAAUAUGACUGGCUCAAAUGGGAACAGAAUCCCGCCGAGGCCGACAGGUUCCUCGCGGAGAACUGCUUCCGUGGGAUAACGGUGGCUGGCGAUAUUGGCAUGACUGGUGCGUGGAUGGGGAGAAACAACCUGAAAGCUGAAUCGGAGAUGAACCGUUGGUGGUUGAGUUUUCCUUGGUACAUAGGUAGAUAUGUUUGAGUACGCAAAAAGAAAGAUCAAAACUGCUGAAGUUAAGCAAGC